AUGUCUCGCGUGGCAGCGCAGUCCAUGCGCGCGGUGCCGCUGCUGUGGUGCCGUCAGCUGUUCGUGAUCCUGUGGAAGAACGUGUACCUGAAGCGCAUCUGCCGCCACUACCUGCUCACCGUGUUCGAGGUGGCCUUUAUGGUGGCCAUGCUUCUCGGCAUCCAGGAGGACGCGGUCGUCCGGGAGCCUCUGAUUCGCCGGGGGGACACAUUGUUCGGCCCCAUCGGGUACAUGGCCUUCUGGAACACGCAGCCCGACUUGGCUCACAUCGACACGGUGUACUUCACGCCCAGUAGCCCCUACUUGUCCAGUCUCACUCGCUCCGCCUUUGCGGAGCUUGGCGUGCACAACGUCAUCGCAGUGCCCACCGAGAAGCAGCUACUCGAGCAUGUCCGCAUCGACGCCAAGAAACCGCCGCCGACUACCAGCUUGAAGUUGCUUUACGUCAACCACGUCGGCAUCAACGACACGGCGAAGCCUCCCGUUACCCUGCACGUGACCCUGUUCGCGGGUCGACUUCCUUUCGACUUGCAGGUGCUGUACCCUCAGCGACUCGUGUCCCAGCCGGAAGGACCUGUGGCCGAAGAGCGGUUCCCCGAGAUUAACGUUCUGCUGCCGGUGCUGGGGGCGUUGCAGCAUCACCACCUUCUGCUCCAGGCGGAGCGCUUCGGCUACGAGUACCAGCUGGGCGAUGUGAAGCUGCAGCGGUUUCCCUACCCGGCGUACUACGAGUACAAGGACAACAAAAACUACGCCCUGGUGCUCACCCGCUUCUGCAUCGGCAUGCUGGUUCCCUUCUCCUUGUUCGUCGCCCUCCUCGUCGACGAGAAGGCGAGUGGUAUGAAGGAGAUGCAUCGCCUGAUGGGGCUGAGUGACUGGGUGUACUGGCUGAGCCACUACCUGAGCGGAUUCUUCAUGCACCUCAUCACCGUCACCCUGAUGAUGCUCUUCGUAAGCGUCAAGCGGAACAACGAGGGCCGCGCCUUCAUCCAGUUCAGCGAUCCGAUGCUGCUGUUCACCAUCCUGCUGGGCUUCUGCAGCAACUGCCAGAUGCACGCCAUAUUCCUCUCCAUGUUCUUUGGCAGCGCCCAGUACGCCGUGGCGGGUGCCAUGAUCUAUUGGACCUUCAGCUGCGUGAUGCCCUUCCUGACGCUGGAGCAAGCCGACGGCGAGGGCUACUACUACAUACAGCGUGAUCACAAGCUGUGGACUUGCAUCUUUCCCGGCAUGAGCCUCCACUGGAGUUUCAGAGUCCUGGAACGGUUCGAGAAGUUCGUCCCUGACGGUGCGAACUGGCGCAACUUCUACGACCGCGCUGCCACUCCCGACAACAUAACGCUGGCCGAGAUCCUCUUCGUGGGCUUCCUCUGCGACUUCACCAUAGUAUUCCUGGUGUGGUACCUGGACAACGUGUUGCCUGUCGGCCCGGGGAUCACCAAGCCGUACUGGUUCCCGUUCAAAAUGAAGUACUGGAUUCCGAGCGUCUCGUUCGUUGAGGCCCCACCAAAGACCGCCAGAGAAAUGCAAAACUUUGAGGACGAGCCCAGGGAGCACGCACCGGCCAUCGAGGUUCUCAAUCUGAGCAAGGACUACGACGGCGUGGUGGCCGUCCAGGAUGUCAACUUUCGCGUUUUCGAGAACCAGAUCACCGUGCUUCUCGGCCACAACGGCGCCGGGAAAACGACGCUCCUCAGCAUGAUUACAGGUUUUCUGGACUGCUCGUCGGGGGUCGUGCUCGUGGGCGGCUACGACAUCAAGACGUGCACCAGAGACGCGCGCGACAGCCUCGGAUACUGCGCCCAGUACAACAUUCUCAUCGACGACCUGACCGUCGAAGAGCACCUCAUGUAUUUCGCCAUUAUCAAAGGUAUCCCGUUCGCGAAGACGCGUGUCGUAACGUUCGGACUCCUGAACGACGUCGGGCUCAAUGACUACCGCACGGUGCUCGCUUCAAACCUUUCUCCGGGGUUACAGCGACGACUGUGCACCGCCAUGGCGAUCAUUGCGACGCCCAAGGUGAUCAUCAUGGACGAGCCAACGUCGAACAUGGACCCCGACGGCCGGCGCGAGAUGUGGGACUUGCUCCUGAAGAUUCGCCGCAGCUCUUCCAUCUUCCUCACCACUCAGCACCUGGACGAAGCUGACGUGCUCGGGGACCGCGUCAUCAUCAUGGCCAACGGACAAAUCAGGGUAGAUGGGAAUUUGGUCGAGGUGUGGAAGUCUCCUAACGCCUUGCCUGGCCGGCCAGUACAGUAA